CACCACACGUCAUGGCGCCCUUGCCUACACCAUCCGACCUCUCGUAAACAUUGCAGUUCAUUCGCGUCUUGAAAGCUCCUCCUCACCCCAAUGUACUGAUUCGUUGUUGCUGAAAUUCUCACCGUCCGUCAGUCUUUCGCCGACUACCUCUCAUCGUCACUGGUUGGUAACCAACCGGUCUCAAAUGUGUGUGCGCGCCGUAGAGCGAAUUCCAGUCAUCGUCGCUGAGAGGCUGUAGGCUGGCUGUAGGCUGUUGGUAGGCUGCAGGCUGUAGGCUCGUCGUCAUACUGAUUCGUUGUCGCGUGCGAGCGAAUUCCAGUCAUCGUCGCUUAGAGCGAAUUCCAGCGAGCGUUCCAAACACCACUUGGGAAUUAUCGCUACUCGGUGGUAUCCGCUUUCUUCCUCCGUCAGUGAACAGUCACUCCUCCCGAGCCUCGUUGAAGCUUCGUCUGGAUUCGCUAUAAAGCUCCUCAUUUAACGACAGGCGAGACACCCGUCGUUAUGGAGUCGUUUCUAGCAACACUCGGUCUGCUCACCACAUGCCUCCUUCAGGCAGCCUACUGGAACGCCUUCCGAGAAGCGUCCUCGCCGUAUUCCCGGACCGCCAUCUCCACCUACCCCUUCUCCUGCUCUCUCCUCUCCUCCCUCCUCUGGGCCGCCUACGCGCUCCCUAUAGUCACACCCCACCGCAUUCUCUUCCUCCUCGCCCACCUCAUACAGUCAUUCUCCCUCUCUGCGCUCCUCAUUGCCCUCCUUGCGUCUGACUCCUCCAGUUACCGCCUGCGCCUGCUUCAGGUGCUGCAGAUCCUGCCGCCAGUGGCAGGCCUCUCCAUUGUGGCGCUCGUCCUGGGAUACUACUGCUCCACAUCUUUCCCCCUUCUAUUCGGUGUGCCUGCCUCAGCAGCAGCCGUGCUCCUGCUCGCCCCUCACCCCCUCCUGCGCAUGGUGAGGCUCUUUGACUCGGCCACAUCAGCCCCAGCAGCACAGCUCUUCGUUAGCUUCUCUCUGCUCGCCUCUGCAUUCGCGUGGGCUGGUUUUGGCUUCGCUGCUUCCGACUUUUUCAUUGCUGUGCCGUAUGUGGUGGUGGCAGCACUUGAGGCUCUCUUUCUCGCUCUUUCUUCGAUCCUGGGCACCACCAGCAGCGCUGCGUUGCAACGGAGGGCAGCAGAGGGGUACGAGCUCGUCCCCCCCACAGCGUCAGAGUCAGGGUUGACGGAGCAAUCGCUAGAGGACACACCUGAUGAGUUUGACGAGUGGUUACAACUGGACGCCCUUCAUGGCCGUAGACUGGCCUAGCACUACAAUGCAUGUAACCACUUGUACAGUAUAUGCAUGCAUAUACUACUCGUCCAUGCAUUGUAGUGUAUGGCCGCAUUGUACUACUCGUUCAUGGCCGUAGACUGGCCUAGCACUACAAUGCAUGUAAUAUAUAUAUACUGUACAAUGUGGUUACAAUGUACGCAUGUAAGAAAGAGCCGCAUGCCUG